GCAUGAGUGUCACAUUGUUCGAAGAAGAAGGAUCAAAACAAACCACACGUGUUCGAACCCAUUCGCUUGUUUGUGGAAUUUUCGGUAUUUAGAAUAUAUAAAAUAUUAAAAAUAUAUCAUUCGAAUGGCUGCCAACAAUAUCAUGGAAGUCCUCUUUGUGAGCAAUGCUAAUGAGAAUCAAAUAUCCUGCUCGGCAUGGGAUUUUCGCACCGGUACAAAUUUAAUGAAUUAUAAGGGUGGCGGAGGCGGUGCAGCUCUGCACGCUCUUUCGGUGCUACGUUCCCAAUAUAUUGUGGCUGGAAACCAAACUAAGCCACUGUUGCACGUUUGGCCCAUAAAUGCACAAGAACAAAUGACAGCCAUACGUUUCGUUGUGCCAGGAGCAGUGACAGCUUUAGCGAUAUCCCCCGAUGGCAGCUACAUGGUGGCUGGUAUACAGGAAACGCUAUAUGUAUGGCAUAUUUUAACGGGACGGAUGAUGAAUACUCUGUCAAAACAUUAUCAAACGGUGACUUGUGUUAAGUUUACCAGUGAUGGUUCACAUUUUGUGAGCUGUGGCAAAGACGGUGCCGUUUUGGUGUGGAAUCUGGCACGUGUUGUAGCGCAUGAAGAAAAUUUAGCUCCACUGUAUACAUUCAAUGAUCAUGGUCUACCAGUGACAGAUGUUUAUGUUGGCGCAGGUGGUAUGAGAGGCUACAUGUUUACGGUAUCUCUAGAUAGAUCGUGUAAAAUAUAUGAUCUAAAUAGUGGAACUCUUCUCUUGAGUGUUGUUUUUGCCGAGGGUCUUCAAAGUGUGGCAGUGAAUGCUUUGGAAACGCAAGUAUUUGUUGGAACAAAUUCUGGAAGUAUAUUUGAUUUCUUUGUAAAUGAUGUGCCCAGAGUUAAGGAAUACCACUUUGAAGAAGCUCCAAAACAACUUUGCGGUCACACCAAGCCAAGUUCAGUGAACUGUUUAUCUAUAUCCGCUGAUGGCAAAACAUUGAUAUCGGGAGCAAGUGACAGUCAAGUUCUUGUAUGGAACAUUUCCAGCAGACAACUGUUGAAAACUUUAACAUUUAAAGGAGCCAUUACAAAUAUUCAUUUAAAACUUACAAAUCCUGCCAUCUUUAAUCCUGAACAUAAGCAGCCAUUAGUUUUUGCAGCCAGUCUGAAACGCAUGAUUGAUCCCGAAGGUGCCGAUGAAAUGCCCAUAGAAAUUAUGGUAGAUUCCAACACAUUCGAUGAUGAAUGUGAUUACACCCCACGACAAACACAACAAUCGAUUAUCGCUAGUCCCCUUCUAAGUUCCGGCAUUACAAAAACUACGACAGACACAAAAACCGAAGACAAAGAUGAAGUAAAGGCUUUGCGACAAGAAAUCGAUAGACUGCGCCACAUAAAUAAGAAACUGUUUGAAGUUUCUAGUAAACAAUUAUUACGCGCUCAAAAACGUAAAUAAACUUAAUUCUAAUAUUGUAAAUAUAGUUUGUAUAUUUUUUCGAUUUAUAACAUCUUUACUAUUACCAACAAUUACUUUAUUUUGCUAAUAAAAUAAAACAAAUCACCCCUCUGUAA